ACAACAACAACCCAUUCCAUCCCGCCAACCCCAAGUCCACCGUCAUGGCUCCACCAAGCUACCUACACCGCCACCUUCUUUUAUCUGCUCUUCUCGACCGUCAAGAUCCACCACCUGCAGACGGCUUUGCCGUUCCAGGCCAAAGCAAUGAGGCAGGAUGCAAACUGGACGCCCUGUUGCUCCGGGGAUGGUCAACCAGCUCACGACGAGCCAAGCCUCAGGACAACGAUGUGUUGGCCAAUGCCGACAGUCUGCGGUUAAAGAAGAAUGACUUUGAAGUACUUGGCCGCGUGGGGGAAGGACAGUUUGGAGUGGUCGACGCCGUGCGCUGCAAGCUCAAUGGGCAAGUGUACGCUCUCAAGACCAUUGAGAAGCAUAUGGCUGUUCGCGCCGGACCCAACCUUGCACUUCCCUUUGAACGACACGUCCACAUUCUAGCGGCGCAGAGACCAUCACCCGCCCCUGCUCUCCUCACCGCCUUCCAGUCACCCAAUGCUCUCCAUCUUGUCACGGACUUUGCACCAUGCGGCUCCAUUUGGGACCGCAUAUGCGAGAAGCUGCCGGUGCCCGGGCUUGAUACCGGUCGACUGGACGAGACUGAAAUACAAUGGUGGGGCCGACAAAUGGUUGACGCCAUCCUGUGGGUCCACGAAGGGGGAUACGCACACCGCGACAUCAAGCCCCACAAUUUCCUCGUGCUCCCCGAUGGUCGACUGUGGCUUACCGACUUUGGCUCGGCUGCUCCCCUCAAUAGGGGGAAGGUGCCCCGCCGCUACUGCAUGCUACCUGUCGGCACGCCCGACUACAUUGCGCCCGAGGUGUUGCGCCUUGCCGAGGAUGCUAUGGUCGAAGCUGCCCAAUCGGCUCAGUCGGACUCGGACGAGGACGGCGACCGUACUGCCCGCCCGUCCGAUAUCACGGCGCCGGGGUACGGACCUGACGUCGAUUGGUGGUCUCUCGGUGCGACGUUGUACGAGAUGGGAGUCGGGCGAGCGCCGUUCUGGGCUCCUACAAUUGGGCCAACAUACGAGCGGAUCAUGCGCUGCGACCUGCGGCUGCCGGAGGGCCUCUCUCCACAAUUCAAAAGCCUUCUCUCCAGACUAUUGUGCAUGAACGACGUGCGACUGGGGACGACGGACUGUGCCGAUAUCAAGCGCCAUUCAUUCUUCCGAGGAAUCGACUGGACGAGGAAGCCAGGUCUCCCGCCGAAGGGAAUUGCGCUGGCGCCCAUCGACCUCGGAACGUUAGCCGAAUCGUUUGUCCACGAGUACGACGAGAUCACUGAGCGGACCUUUGACCACUUCUUCAACUCGCCUGGGCUUACCACCACGUCUGACUUAACGUCCAUGUCCAUGGCUGUGCCCGAGUCGACAUGGUUGCGGUGGGUCGGUUGGUCGUGGGCGCCUCAUGCCGAGUUCUUCGGGCCGGACAAGCCACUGAUCACCCUGGAGGCGGCAUCUCGAGCGUCUCGCCAAGCAUCCGCCCCACCAGCGACGCAAAUGUUUACGCCCCUUCGAGGUGGACUGCACGCCACUCCACCUACUGCACCUCGCAGCGCUCCCCGGUCGCUGCCUCGCACGCGAGAUGUCGCCGAACGCCAAGCGUUUGCUCAACUUCUUCGCUGCGUAGAGGCAAGUGCCAAGAAGAAGCUGGCCUCGACUCGUCCCAUCCCCGGCUCAGACUCGACGGUGUCCUCCAUUACUUCGCCCAUCAUGUGGCGCAAGGAGCAGCCACCCACCCCAACACCAAUGAGCCGCGAGACCACGACGCUCAAUGCGACUUUUACCUCAAAGGCAGGCGUCCCCGUCCCGCGUCCCCUCUCACGCACAUCCUCGCGCACCGACUUGCAGUCGCGCCCUUCCUCUCGCACAUCGGGGCAUAGCAGACAAGGCAGUGGCGCAUCGCGCACGAGCUUUGACGGCAGCCAGCCCGCAUCGCGCAGCGGGUCGUGGCGGCUCCGCGACUCAGCCUUUCUCGCCAAGCUUACAGCUGCCGCAGAGGUGAGGGACAAGCCGCUGCGGUCUCCCCCUAUCCUCGAGAACCUCGGCCAUCCAGCAGAGCGCCGCAGGGCCUCUUCGCUCUCGCAGAAUGUCGAGGCCGCGCGUCCCGGGGAGCGCCGCAAGUCGAUCUCGCAUGCGCCGCUACCGCAAGCCUCGUCUUCCCGGCAGCCUCUAGUUCCGAUUCAGGAGAGUCGCAAGUCGGUGACCUCCAAGCUCAGUAAGGCUGCUCCGCGUCACCCAGUCCAACAAGCUCGUCACAAGUAUGGUGCCCUCGGCGCCGAUCCGAGCGAGCAGCCGCGGACGACAUCUGACGUCGAUGCGUAUGUACCGCCUCGCGACCCUGGCAUCGUCGGAGGUGGAUCUCGCCUGGCGGCGCUCGAGGUGUGGCACAAGUCGCUGGAGAAUGGAGUAGACAACCUGGAACGCCGUCUCGCCGAGAUGACGGCGCGAUACGGGCAAGAGUAGACAGCCAACAACAUACACAGCCUUUCAGCAUUCUGUACCAUAGCCACACUGUUGACACAGCCCUCACAACGUCGAUGCAUGAUACACUUCUAGAAGUAUACGGAUGUACGCA